AUGAAAGAAAUAACGGGAGGCAGCAAUUCCAGCAUGGCCAAGACAUGGAAGCAGGUGAGCGGGGAAGACAAGUGGAAGAACAUGUUAGACCCGCUUGACAUCGAUCUCCGGCGAUAUAUCGUACAAAUCGGCGAAAUGGCUCAGGCAACAUGCGAUGCCUUCAACUCAGAGAAAGCAUCUAAGUAUGCCGGUACUAGCCGGUACCGGAGGUCGGAAUUCUUCUCAAAGGUGGGGUUAGAUGAAUUAGAACAUAAAUACAAGGUGACUAAGUUCCUUUACGCCACAUCCUCAGUAGACUUGCCAGAACCUUUCAUGUUAAAGUCUUUGUCGAGGGAGGCUUGGAGUAAAGAAUCAAAUUGGAUGGGUUAUGUUGCAGUAGCCACAGAUGAAGGGAAAGAAGAGUUAGGAAGGAGGGAUAUUGUGAUUGCAUGGAGAGGUACAGGCCAACCUUUGGAAUGGGCCGAAGAUAUGAACUUCAUCUUGGUCUCAGCUUCUUCCAUAUUUGGGCCGAGUUGCGGCAAUGCUAAGGUUCAUCAUGGCUGGUACUCCGUGUAUACUUCCGAUGAUCCACGCUCACCUUACAACAAGGCCAGUGCAAGAGACCAGGUUUUGAACGAGGUGAGGAGACUGGUAGAACACUACAAGAACGAAGAGAUCAGCAUAACUAUAACAGGCCACAGUUUGGGAGCGGCGCUUGCAGUAAUAAAUGCAGCAGACAUAGUAGCCAAUGGAGUGAACAUGACCAAAGGCAAUCCUGGUAAGGGCUGCCUGGUAACAGCCUUCGUCUUUGGCUGCCCCCGUAUUGGCGACGCCAACUUCCGGCAGUUUUUCUCCGGAUUGGAUAACCUCCAACUGUUGCGCAUCCGCAAUGCCCCCGAUAUUAUCCCCAACUACCCAUUCUUGGGCUACUCCGACGUUGGACAGGAGCUGGUGAUUGACACCCGAAAGUCCAAUUACUUGAAGAGUCCCGGUAAUUUCUCGAGCUGGCAUAACAUACAAGCAUACAUACAUGGUGUUGCUGGCACACAAGGGGCGAAAGGAGGGUUCAAGCUGGAAGUUGAUCAUGAAAUUGCAAUAGUGAAUAAGUACAUGGAUGGGUUAAAGGAUGAAUAUCUUGUGCCUGCUUCAUGGUGGGUUGAAAAGAAUAAGGGUAUGGUUAGAGUGGCUACUGGUUCUUGGAUUUUGAAGGAGGACCUGGAGGGAAUGGUUGAUUUUGGGCUUUGAGUGUUCAU